AUGAAAUCUACUGUAGUAGUUUUGUUGGUCGUUGGCUUUGUCGCUAUUGAGGUGUGUGACUUUUUUUAAUUAUUGUAUGUGAAGGCUGAAGCCAAAGCUGGAAUUAAGCCUGGAGCUAAAACUGAAUCUAAGGCUAGUAUGUGACAAAAUAGGCCCAACUAAUAAGCCAAAAUUAAAUUUUAAUACUCUUAUAUCAUAUAAAGUUAAGUUUGUUACCUAUUUUUUCAAAAUUAACUUCUAGGCAUGCUCCCCCUCCUCCAGUACCACCACCUCCACAACCACUACAACAACUCCAGCUCCAGGACGUAAACGUCGUUCCGUUGAGCCAGUUGAAGUCGUUCUUCACUCCAACGUUCCAGUAGCUCAAAGUCAACAACUGAUUCAGAAGCUCAAGAACACGGCCGCUUCUUUGAACUUGGACGCGCAAAAGUUUGGAAAUGUUGCACAAGAGGUUGGAACGGACAACAACGGUAAUGUAGAGCUGUAUCACACUUUAGAUGGUGAUGUUGAUUGUGCUGAAGUUCGUCAGGUGACAAAGAGGAUUAUCAAGAAUGUCACUGAAGUCAACAAGGCCACUAUUGAUUGCCAGGGGGAGAAGUUUAGAGUUUAA